AUGCCGCGCGAACCGCGGGAGGUACAUCAUGUCGACGAAUUUCGACGACUGGCGGCCGAAAACGACUCUGGCGACGUCGCGAGCUCUCGCUCGGACGACGCUGGCGACGUCGCCUGCGACGCAUCCACGACCACGAGCGACGUCGAGGCGGACGGCGUGCGAGUUCGCACGGUGGAUUUCAACGCGCGGCGCGAGACGGACUACGUGAUCGUCGUUCACGGCACGUUCGACGCGCCGCCCGCGGACGGCGCGCGCACGUGGUACCAGCCGCCCGCGCCCGGGGAGCAGAACUUCUGCGCCAAGAUGGGCGCGCUGCUGGCGCGCGGACCCAUCGGCGCGGGGAGCGUCUGGCGGGCGAUUCCGCGCCCGGCAGAUUCGCAAGGGGCAGAGUCGCAGGGGCCAGAGUCGCAGGGAUCUGAGGUGCAUGGGAGCGGGUCGCAGAGGGGGCAGUCGCAGGGAGCUGCUGCGUCGCAGAGAGCGCAGUCGCAGGGAGGUGCGGCGUCGCAGAGAGCGCAGUCGCAGGGAGGUGCGGCGUCGCAGAAAGGGGGCCAAUCAUGGCAGCGCGUGAUGGACGGUGACGUGCCUUAUCCGUUCUUUUGGGACGGCAGCAACACACACGAGGGCCGCGUGAAGGCUGCAGAAAAGCUGGCGAGGCUGUUCGACCUGAUAGCCAGUAGGGACCCAUCAGCGCGAAUCCACGUGAUUGCUCACUCCCAUGGAGGAAACGUGCUGCUUAAAUCCACCGAGCUCUACAUGAAAAGGCUGCCCACACACUGUCUCUCUCCACGCUGCAUCCGGCCAUCAGGAAGCGUGCAAGUGGACCGACACUCCGGGUGGCGCUUGGUUCUUCCCAUCCCUUGUGGUCAUGAGAAGCUUUCCGCGGCUCAGAUCUACUCCUCCGCGGUCUCAAUCCUCCCCCCCGGCCUCAAUCCUCCCACCCGCGGCCUCAAUCCUCCCUCCCGCGGCCUCAAUCCUCCCUCCCGCGGCCUCCAACCGCUCUCCCGUGGCCUCAAUCCUCUCUCCCGCCGUCACGCCUCCCUCACGCCUUCCGUCGCGGACGACCCGCGCGCCGUCGCGGACGGCCAGCACGCCGUCGCGGACGGCCAGCACGCCGUCGCGGACGGCCAGCAAGCCGUCGCGGACGGCCAGCAAGCCGUCGCGGACGGCCAGCACGCGGCCACGAGCACCCCGCGCGCCGACGCGCACGGCCAGCGCGGAGCCAUCGACGACCUGCGCGCCAGCGCGGAUGGCCAGCACGCAAGCGGCGCCGAUCCCCACGCUGACGCGGACGGCCACCGCGAAGCCACGCGGCCGUCCCUCGCGCUGACGCGGACGGCCGACGCGGAGCCACGCGGCCGUCCCUCGCGCUGA